ACAACGACAACAUCCUCUCCCGACUCCUCAUUCCCUCUCUACCACCGCCAAUAUGUCAUCCACCAAACUCAAGGCCGCACAACUCUGGGGCAAGAACAAGGACGAGCUGAAGAAGCAGUUGGACGAGCAAAAGCAGGAGCUCGUGCAACUACGAACACAGAAGAUCGCAGGCGGUGCCCAAUCGAAACUGAACAAAAUCCACGACGUCCGCAAAAACAUCGCCCGCAUCCUGACCGUCAUCAACACCACCCAGCGCCACCAACUCCGCAUCUUCUACGCGAAGAAGAAGUACCUGCCCCUCGACCUGCGCGCGAAGCAGACGCGCGCCAUGCGGCGAGCAUUGAGCAAGGAGGACGCGGGUCGCGUGACGCCGCGGCAGAAGAAGCGGCAGAGGCAUUUCCCGCCGCGAAAUUACGCGGUCAAGGCGGAGUAAAGUAAACGAACGAACUGAAGUGAAGAGUUUUCCGGCCGCGAAAAUGCUUUUCUAGCGAAGUUCUUCUCGGCGCAAUUUUCCCCGGAGAUGGAGGCUGCAUGCGGGACUUCUGAUGAUGAGAGGGUACGCACAACCAUCUGUGUAAGUUGUAGCUUGUCGCAAAAGGCUGGCUAUAGCGACACGAUAACGCUGAAUGCAUGGCCCUUGAGACUAUGCUAGCACGUCGCUUCUGUCUCAUCCCGCGCUAAGGGACUACCGCUGCUGCCUGUCCUUCAGCCAUAUAUUCCUUCAAAUGCCUGCGUGCAGAUGCAGAAACAGAUGCAUGCCACGCUCGCUAAGCCACGUCA